GCAAAUUGCUGUGUGAAAGGAAGAAAUUGAAAUCUCCAUUCUGAUGCUUUGAUUUUCCUACCCUGCUAAGAUGUGAAUUUAAAGAGCUUCAGCGCUCUUUUCUUACCAGGAGCAGUUUCACAAGCUACAAAUGAGAUUACACGCUGACCAAGUCACGCUGGAACAAGUACAAGAGGGGAGAACCAGUGCUUGAAUCAGCAAGUUGCUAGUCUGACAGCUGUGUUUAUGGCACUGCAGAAAAUGGAUGUGCAAGAUCUUGCUAAGAAGGAAGCACUGAUGGAGGUUCAUGAGAAUAAUGUCUUCCUGGAAAGUGAAAUCAAGUCACCCAGAUAUGUGCCUGGAGGAGGAAACAGUACAGAGACAACAUCCUCCCAGCUGUCUUCUGAGCUAUUGGUCACAGGCUCCAUCACUCCAAGCUCUACAGCAGAUAGGUCAACAUAUUCUUCAGACGUGUCCUCUAUGGGUUUAUCUCAUCCUGCCUCUGUCACAGGGACCACAGAGACACCCAGUCUGGCACAAUCCUCUGGCCUAACUCAGGCUUUGCAAAGGAGAGCCAUAGCUCAGCCCAAAGAUGGUAUUGAAAUAUCAAACUGGAACUCUGCUCCAUCAGGAAACCUUGGCCUGUCAAUGAUGGUGUCAGGACAAUGCCAGAACCGCUUCGGCCCUUUGUUUACUGACUCAAGGAAGAUUGCCCAGAGCCUUGGUAUGGAGAAUCAUGGAAGGACACAUUCUACUUAUGAGGACUACCAAAAGGCUGCAUCCAGUGCUAUUGGAAACUUGAAAAUUGCUGAAGUUGAUCCAGGUGGUCAUUUUGUAAGGAUCCUGAACUGUGCCCCUGAAAAAAAGGAAAGUAUUGGGAAUUAUCUCUUGAAGCAGGAUGUCCAAGGUCAACCAGCGGCUGUAUUUCAGUUUCCCCCCGAGACCAGGAUGGGGCCCAACUCCACUGUGACAGUUUGGGCAGCAGAUGCUACAGUGCUUUAUAAACCUCCCUCAGAUUUUCUUUGGAAGGACCUGGAGAGAUUUAGGACAAGCCUUGACUGUGCUACCAUUCUCUGUGAGCCUAGCGGUCAAGCUGUGGCUUGGUACACUCCUCUCUACUGGAACAGAAGGCAAGGAUGGGUGGCAAAAGAGGAAAGUGAAAAAUUUGAGAACAUUGUUAUGCCAACUUUCUCAACAAGAAAGCAAAAAGAGGGAUGGGAAAAUGAACAGGAAUUUGCAAUAACUGAUACAGAGUGGAAGAGGGCUGAUUCAUGGCAAACAAGAAAAAAAAGACAAAGCUUCCUUAAAAGGGAGAAAAAGACCUCUGCGUCCCUUUUCCCUAAUCAGAGUGCCUGGUGCCAAAGUCCAAACUCUCCCACGCACCCUCACUUCUCUCUGAUUAGACCAUUAACCAUGGGGAAUGAUGGCAGCAGUUUGUGCAGGCAGUCCCGGUGUCAGUCAGCAAGGCCUGACCCCGUGCCAGGCACUCUGUAUGCAGGAGCUAGCCGGAAGAAAAAUCCUUCAGCUCCCAACUAUGUGAGUGAGGAAGGCAGAAGGCGGCCUACCCGGUCAGCAGGACCUAAUUUUGGUGGAGUGAUGUAUGUAGGGUCUCUCCCCCUGGCUGGCACUCCUCUCCAGAAGUACUUUGUCACUCCAUCUUACAGUACCGUGCUACGAAUGCAUCGCUUGCUCCAGCUUCCAGCACCGCUUCCAUGAACAGGAAGAGAUUAUCUGGGCCUUUAAAAAAAUAAUCCUUAGCAAACAGUUGUGUAGGUUGUUGCUUCAAGAAAUAAGGAGAUUUGGCUUUACGGUGACACCAGAGACUGUCAACCUUAUCAGUACAGAUUGGCAUGUCCCAUAAAGUUUACUUUAAUGGUUCUUAUUGCUAGCAUUUCACAGCAGUUCCAUAUUUGUACUGAUGCACGCUGAGGUGUGUAUAGUUUAUAAACUUUAUAUGGAUACUUGCAUGUAGGUAAUGUUUAGGAGAAAAAAAACGCUAUGUAGGUCAGUGAUUUUACCUCUAGAGCUCUUUAGAAGCGACAUCCCUUUUGCCUGCCGAAGCAAGAGAUAUUGAAAAGAUUUUGCAGUGUGCUCUUUCUCCUGCAGUCACUCUUUGCUUUCUGCUUUAGCCUUAUGAGCCACUGGCAAACCAUCCACUGGAGCGGAAGCUGCUCAUAUAUUCAAAUGGGUAAGCAGAGCUGGUCAAAUAGGGUAUCCUCGAGGCCAGAAGGAGGUAAUGAUCAGAUUAGCUGAGUCAUAACGGCCAACCAAAGCUAUAUAGUUAUCAUGGCUUCCCUUCAAAGGAACUCUCCUAAUCAGAUCUGUCCUCAGGAAUAUGUUUAUCCCAUCUAGAGCUUGGAUUUCAAAGCAAUUUUUUUUAGAUCCCAGCUCCCUGUAAACCUGGGACUGCUGAGAUCCCAAAGACCCUUUUGACUUUACUCAUGAUGAGAACAUUAUGAAAUUUGAGUCCCGACUCUAAAUGCCUGGUCGUCCUCCAGACAUGGAGCUGUGGUUCAGCCUCCAUCCUGCUGUCAGCAAGAAAAACUUGCUCCAGUUCUUUCCGCAGAUUGUUACAGAAGUUUUUUUCAACAGACUUUAUUAAAGUCUAGUCCCUGAGCUUUGAGCAUCUUCUCUGGAUUAUGAAAUCACUCCCUGAGAUGAAGGACAAAGAACAGUUGCCCCACAGGAGGCUGCGGAGGUGCGGGGUUCCUGCCACAGGGAGAAAUGCCUGUGCUUCUCCUCAGUGGUGAAGGAUGAAGGUAGUUUUCGUGGGCUUGCAGUCUGCAUCCCCAGAGGUGUGGUGCUGACCUCACUGAUUUUUACAUUCCAGUGAAUGACCCGUAUAGCAGCAACAAAGCCAAAGAAGCUCAAAGCUUUCAACUGAUGACCCCGAAAUGUGAGGAGAAAGUCAGCUGAAGUCAUAUAAGAGGAGGCAAAACAAUUCCCAUUUCCUGUCUCUGAAGUCCAGCUUUCUCCUUGGCCUCUUGCAUUUGAAUCUUUCCCCAACAUUAACCCGUGCAACACUGUUCAGGUGACCUGCUCUGAUCCUUGAAGGCCUAAUGUGGAGAAAUGUGUAUGAAUAGCUGAUUCUGGAGUUUUUCCUCCAAAAUCUGUGUGUGUGGAUUGCACCAGUGCAUCAGGUGAGCUUUCUCCUCCUUCCCAGGCAGCCUAUCCAUCCCAGUUCUGCAGAAGUGAUGCAUCUUAUAGCUAAUGUGACAGUGCAGCAGUGCUGAGCCAACGAGCUCAACUUCUCAUUGCUAUUUACUUGCAAAAACAAAGUCAACCUGUCUGGAUUUUGAGAAGUGCCUUUAAAUCCUGGGUCUAACACAUGUGUGCAGCUGAGAAAGGGAAAAGACCUGGGAACAGUGAGGUUUGCCCCAAAACCCACAGAGAUGUUUAAAGUGCAAUUUUGGAAGCAGCUUUAACUGAUAAACCAAAAAAUCUCUGCUACAGUUCAAUAGCACAGAGGGAGCUGUACAAUUCCCUAUAAGCCAGGAAGAAAAAGUGCAUCUCUCAUCACUAAAGCCAUGCCCGUUUGCUCUGUGCUUUGCUUUGCACUGCAUUUGUAGCCUCCCUUUUGUCAGCUUUUCUUCCCUUUUG